GAUGUAAAAGAUGUAAAAGAUGUAAAAGAUGUAAAAGAUGUGGAAAACGAAAUUAUGCUUCAUUUAAAAAGUAUUAAAUAUUAUAACAAUAAAAGAUUACCUAUUCAUAAUAAACAAACAGAUGAUGGUGAUGUUAAUGAAGUUAACAAGAACAACAGUCAAAUAGAAAAAGAAUUAUUACUACUUGAAUCAACUAACACUGAUGAAGCAAAAGACGAACAAACUGUAACAAAUAAAAAUUUUUAUUUUUUAAAUAAUAAAUUAUAUACUAAUGAAAUAUAUAAUAAAAAAAUUACAGAAGCUUAUUUAACUCAAAUUGUUCAACUUCCUCAUAUUCUUUUUGAUGAAAAAAAAGAACCCUGUUUUCUUAUGAAAUUUGAACAGUAUCUUCUAAUUAAACAGGAAUUUAUAACAAAAAUGCAAGACAUAACUGAGAAAUUUAUAAAUAAGAUGCUUUUUCUGAACAAAGAAAAAAAGGAGCUUCUCUGUGUUUUUGAAAAGGAUAUAAAAGAAUUAACUUCACAACAUAUGCUUAACAAUGUCAGUAAAUAUGAAAAUUUAAAAAAAAGAUCUAAGCGAGUUAUUCAGACGUUGUUAACAUAUAUAAAUCGCGAAAAAGGUAUUGAACAUUUUAUACUAAAAAAGUGCCCAAGUUUUUAUAAUAAAAAAUAUGAGGAAAGCAAUAAUAUGGCAUUAUGUGAAAAUGUAUUUAAAAAAAAUGAACACAUAAUAAAAGGUUUGGGCUAUAACUUUGAUGAUAGUAACAUUAUCACUAGUAGUAACGCUAGUGAUAGUAGUAAUACGAAGAUAGCUGAACUUAUAGGGGCAAACACAAAAGAAGAAAUAAACGAAAGUGGAGAACAUGAAAUUAUUAGUGAAAAGGCAAAUGUCGAAACAUUAGAAGAGAACAAAUAUGUAACAAUAAAAAUGUGUAUAGAAAAAAAAUAUAAACGAAAAUUUUUUAUUUCGGGAUAAUUUAAUUAAUGAAGAGUUGAUGAAUAUUUUGUCU